AUGGCUCGUCUCGCCCCUCUAGCCAUGAGCCAAACAAAAGACGAACUCUUGGGACAUCUUAACAUGGGUACGAAGACAUAUACCAUGAUGGCGACCUCAAUCCCUGUAGAGAUCAUCAACCUUAAUGUGAACGGUCAUAACUGCUUACUGACAGCCCUACCUAUCCAGAAAGAAGCAGACAAAUACUACAAGUGGUUAACAACAGACAAACACCACCUCAAGGAGAAUUGCAAGCGGAUACCUCCUUACGACUGGAGUGAUAUCAAUGAGAAGUCAAAGGAUGAGGCAAUGAAACUUAUUGCCAAAUCCGGCGACGCACAAACUUCGUAUUACUGGAAUUUGGCUGGAUCUAGCCCCGACGAAUGCCCGAAUUGGAUUGCAAGAUGGUUCUUAUAUCAUAAGUUCCGGUAUAGAGAUGGAAGAAAUAGGAAUCUGCCCAGUAAUGGCGAUUCUGGGAAACGCGGUCCCGGCAUAGUUCCCAUCAUGAGCAUUCAGCGAGCGCGAGCUCUGGUGCUAGCAGUGCGUACUACGAUACUCAAUCAUACGGUUCUAUGA